UCCCUCCCUCCGCGGAGGGUGACGGGCGCUUCCUCGCCCGGAGCCGCCGCAGCCGCUUGGGCCACCGCCGCCGCCGCCGCUCCGCCACCCGACCCGGCACCGGGGCGUCCCCGCCGGCUUCCCGCGGCCGGCCGGCUGGCCCGCCCGCCCCCCCACCGCCUCGUCGCGUCGCCCCGGCUCCUCUUUCUCUCGGCGGCGGCCCGGGCCCGGCCAUGGCGGACUUUGACGAGAUCUACGAGGAGGAGGAGGACGAGGAGCGGGCGCUGGAGGAGCAGCUCCUCAAGUAUUCCCCCGACCCGGUGGUGGUGCGCGGCUCCGGCCAUGUCACCGUGUUUGGACUAAGCAACAAAUUUGAAGCAGAAUUUCCUUCCUCUUUAACUGGGAAGGUUGCACCCGAAGAAUUUAAAGCCAGCAUCAGUAGAGUUAACAGUUGUCUUAAGAAGAACCUUCCAGUUAAUGUACGAUGGCUACUAUGUGGAUGCCUUUGCUGCUGCUGCACUUUAGGUUGUAGUAUGUGGCCAGUUAUCUGCCUCAGUAAAAGAACACGAAGAUCGAUUGAGAAGUUAUUAGAAUGGGAAAACAAUAGGUUAUACCACAAGCUGUGCUUGCAUUGGAGACUAAGCAAAAGGAAAUGUGAAACGAAUAACAUGAUGGAAUAUGUCAUCCUUAUAGAAUUUUUACCAAAGACACCGAUUUUUCGACCGGAUUAGCAUUUGAUUUAUUUAUAGAGACUUAUUCAAGUAUGUUGUCUUUCCAAUGGUGCCUUGCUUGGUGCUCUCCUGGUGGUGACAUAAUGUUGGUUCUACGGAAUCUUGUGGUGUUUUCAUUCUUUUUUGUUUUUUUUGUUUUCUUUUUUAAAAAUAAGAGCAUGUUCUAAGUGCAUUUGGUCAGAGUCUGCAAAGUCAUUUCAUGCAACUGUUAACUACUACUUAAGUUAUUAUUACUUUUACUACUUCUGUUUAUUAAUGUAUCUUGAUUUUCAAAGAGUCUUUUAUAUGUGCGCGCGCGUGUGUGUACAUAUAUAUAUAUUACUAUAAAUACACAGCUGAAAAUGGUAUAUAAGUGAGCAGGUAUUUUUUUAUCCCAAAAUGACACAACUGAUUGACUGUACGUUGUGCGAGUCCUUUUAAUCAUUCAUUUACACGCUGAAGUACCUUCUGAGAUCUUCCUAAACUUUUGUCAGUGACUAGUCAAUUGUAAAUAUUUUUAUUUCUUUUUGGGAUAUUGGCUAGCCUCUUCCAACAAAAGAAGGAGAUAAAGUUCUUUUUGGAAACCAAAUGUCAUUGCGUUAGCAGAAGUCUCUGUGCUUUUCGAAGAAGUCCUGUCAGCUGGUUCUGAAAAAGUUCUUAUUUAAGGAUUAAAAAAAUAAUAAAGGCAGCAAAGUAGUAUUAUUUUACUCAGAGUAGAAGAAUUGCUGAGAGAAUUGCAUGCAUCUGGUUAGUAGAACUCAAGAUCACAAAAAUAUAUUAGUAUUGCAGUUUAUAAUCUAGCUGUUUUAAUUCAAGCUAAUGCCAUCUAUCAGCUUUAUUCCUACUGUUUACCAGAUCGUGUACACAGGGGUGCAGAAGGAUUUGUUUUACUAAAACUUACUGUCCAAGAGGACCUUUCAGGGGCUUUUUUAUUUGUUUGGGUUUUUUUCUUGUUGUUGUUUUAAAGCCACAUAAGCAGAAAAAAAGUUAUUGAAGAAAUCUUGAACAGUACAGUUCCAGAUGCAAAUGCAGAUGCCAUGUAUUAAAAAUAAUUAAAGCAGGGUACACCGGGCAACAGUGUAAGUUUAAAUGUGUUAGAUAAUUAUUUAUUGCACCCUUGCUUCUGCUCAUUUUGGUUUACAAAGCUUGUUUUCUGCACAAGUAUAAGACUUUUUUUUUUAACUGGAUAUAUGAUAUAUGCUUGGGUCAGGCCAGUUGUGUUUUGUUUCUUCUACUUAUAUCUUAGUUGUACAUAUCUUCACACAUAGUUGUCUGGGUUUUUUUAAUUGCAACUCAGUCAUAUUUUUAAAUUUGCUUUAGGUAUCUAAAAUUACUGUACAUGAACAUUUAAUGUAAGUUAAGAAUAUGUUCCUUGUACAAUUAUGGUAGCAAGCAAUAAUGUGAAUAUAUGAAAAACCAGAUAUACUCUGCUUAAUAUUUGUAUGAAUGAAAAGUUGAUACCACUACAAGAAUAAUCUUCUCUUUCUAAUCUUUUAAAUACAAGUUUUAUUUCAAGGUAAUAUAAUACAGGUACCUUGAUGCUGUGAACUAUUUUUCUAUGUCUUCAAAAUAUUUAUUCUCUGUAAAAUAUUCUCUAGCGAGUAUUAUAUUCUUAAAUUGUUGAUAGUGGGAGUGGUCUAGAAAGUUUUAAGUUUUCUUAAAUCUAAGCCUUCUGUAUCUGUUCCCAAAACUCAUCCUUUGCUCAGCUUUUGUCCGUGGAUUCCUGCUGUUUAUUUUGAAAAUAGCUCAGCUAUGCUUUUCAUACAAGCCUACAAGUGUGUUUCUUUGACUUGAAAGAAGAUUAUUUUUAAUUAACAAAUACCAGUUUUGUGCUGCCCCAGUCUUCUGGGUCCCAUGGUGGUUUCUCUCCAAAGUUAACUGGUUAUAAAUUAAAAAAAAAAAAAAAAAAAACACAACAAUUUCAGCCUCUUCUCUAGUACAAAUCUGGUUCUGCAGCACUCCCCCUCUCACUCAAAAGUAUUAGUUAUAAUCUCGGACCAGUUUCAGGCUGUGUGGGAGGCCAGAAGCCCAACACUGAUGGCAGCUGAGGUUGUGGAGGUUGGGGGUACAGGGGGGAGGCUGGAAUUGGAGAGAAAUGAUAACUGGUGAUAAAUACUGAUGACUGGAAAUAUAUGUUGAUUUCUUCAAGAGUCAGGUUUAAAUGAAAUUAAUAUCGAAUCAUACGAGGCCUAGAUUUUUACUACCAAAAUUCUCCGUUGACUGUAUAGAUAGGCUUGUGUCACGGAUGCAUUUUUCCACUGGUAGUUUGUUAGUGUCGAGGGAUAGAUUGGACGUGGUUUGCAAUAGGUUCAAAGCAGCACCGCAUUCAGCGUGAGCCACCUGCCUUAGCUUACUACCCAAACUUCCCGUGCUACGCUCUGUGACACCACGACUACCUUGCCAGCAGCACCCAAACCUACCUACAGUAAAGCUAAUUUGAGUGCGAUGUGUGCUAAAACCAGAGCAGUGAAUAGAGUGGGGUUGACAGGUUUAGAAAGAGUAUCUCAUUAGUAAAGCUUCUACGUAAGCAGUAGUGCUGGUUAAGAUCCUCUCUACUUCUAGGUGCAUCUGCGUCUACUUAGCUAGCAGGCAUUUCUGUAUUUUAAUUACGACUCUCUCUCUAAAAAUUCUAGUAUAGGGGUCUGAAGUAGAAUUCUGAGCAAAUAAAAAGUUAAAUCCAUUAGUAAGGAGACCAGACUAAUUGCCUUUUAAAGCAUUUCUGAUACUUUGUUAAAGCAGUAUCUCUGGCUUAAAAUGCAACCAGGAGACUUGACAAACUGCGUUUAUAUAUAAAUGAGUCUUGCUGAAAAGUUCUCUUCCCUUGAUGAAGCAGUACACUCACCUAGUUUGAAUGUUAUAAGGCAUUUUCAUACAAUCCCUUUCAAUUCAUUAAUUACAAUGAUAGAAAUUUAACAUGUCAGGAACUUUAAUCAACUAUUUAAUGCCUGAAGCAGUCAUCAGGAUUUUCCUUUGAUGUUGUUUCUAAAAUACUGAAUCUAUUUAUUUUGUGUGCUAGUGGGAAGACAUCCAUUACCUCCUUUUUGUCUAAUUGGCAAAGGAUGAAGUGGCAACAGUUUGAGCAGGCCAGAAGCUGUAGUCGGAGUUCAGUACUUCGCUAAAAUAAAUGUUACAUUGUACUAAUCUGUUCAGCCCCUUGCAACUCAGCAGUCCCUCCAAAUUAUCUUAUCUAUUUCCCAUUUCCUCGAAUAGUAAGAGUUAGGUACCUGCUUGAUAUUCAUCAUUUAACAAAUGCUUCACCUUUAGCCUGAAAAACUAAUGGUAAAGGCAUUAAUGACUCCCUGUGAAGGCUAAUUAGUAUUUUUAGGUAUAGUGGUCUUUAACUGGCCAGUAAAGAUUUCUUUAUUACUGUAAUAUAAUCAAAAUUAAUUAUUUUUCACCUUUUUAGUGAUAGGUAGAAAUUAGUCUUGAGGGGAGAAAGCUUUCUGUCUGACCUUACAGGAAGAAUUCUGUAGAGAUCAGAUGUCAUUGAAUAGCUAGGAUUUGAAGUUUUUACUGGGAUUGGCAAACUUCACCAGAAAUUAAAAUGUUUGUGAAGAUAAGUUACACAAAGUCAGUAAAUUUUUUGUGAUAGCUCAGUAAAAGUAAUUUUCAUAAGCUAUGCAUGCAAAUCCAGAAAUGUCCAUGGCAAAUCUAAAAUUUCCCAUGAUACUCCCAAAUAGAGUGAUUGUAAAAACUUUUUACAGUACUUUGAUGUAAAUUAUAAUCUCUGAAUCGAUUUGUUAAAUGAUACUUUUUUUGUAAAUCUUGAGACCAUGGCAUUUAAAUGUAAUAUUCUCUCUGAGAUAUAUGCUUACUUAAAAGUCAGGGUUUUUUUUCCUAAAAGUCAUGAUUUAGCCCUGAAGGUUUUAGAAGAGGAGCUUUAAAAUGCAAUCUGUAACUGCUCAGAAGCCAGAAGGCAAAGAAAAAGAACUUGUCUUUAUUCCCUUCCCUCCACUCCCCCCCACCCCAAAGUCUUAAUUUUAAAUCGGUCCCCUUGUUUUGGGAGCCCUAGCUUAUGGUUUUUGAGCAGCUGGCAAUAAUGCAAAUUGUCUACCGAAAAAAAACCCAUUUGAAUUCUGAACAAUUUAAAGAGAUCAUUUUAAUUGAAGAGGCAAAAGACUUGUUAAGCAAAGAAAAUCCCUGGUUCUUUUAAGUUCUCCCAGCACUGCUGUUGAGUAAUUAAAAGAAGGAUCAUGAUGACCCUACAUUAGGUCAAAAUCCAGAUGAUUUUAUGUAAAGGAAAUGCUCAAUUAGAGAGGUCUCGGAGCCCCAAAUGUCUUGGAUUUAUAGUAGUGACUUAUUAAGGGUAAGUGGGGCUGGCUAGUUUUGUGUCCGUGACUAAAAUCAUUUAUGUUGCUCGUCAGCAACCUUGCUUAUGAAAAGAAAGCAUUUUAGAAAUAAGAUCUGUAUUCACCGCUAAUUUGCUGUAAUUUCUGUGCUGCUUCUCCCUAUAGCCACGUUGCAUUUCCAUCACAAACAGCUAAGUGUAUGAUCGUUAUAAUGCCUUUAAUAGCCAUAUUGUAGGUAGAAAUAUUAACUUCUCAGGGACUAAUAGGAAAUAUGAAAAUGGAGUUAACGAGCUGAAUGCCUAUCUGCAUGAAGGCUUACUUUGCAAACGGCACCCUAGAAAACUUCUGAUUGUAAUAUGCAUGACCAUUAUGAAUGUUAUCAAUAUACAGCUAUGAGAGCUCCCUUUACCCUGUAUUAUUAGGCUGCUGAAUGUCAAAGUAUGUUCGGUAAGGAUAAAUGAAGUUUUUUGCUAAUUUGGGUAGAGUCGUUAUUUCUAAUGGUGCUAACCUUCUGAAUUCCUGUGUUUAUGCUUUGUAAAGUUCUCUCCGUAGGCUGGGUAAAUCAGGGCAUACUGGUGUAAUGAGGAAACGUAUCAUUCUUCUUAAGGGAGUGGGAAAGUCUCAAGGGGAGUACUCUAGAAACAAAAACUUUCACUGCUGAAAACAUCAUGCAUUUAUUCUUCGUUAGUUACAGAUCUCCAUUUGGGUUGUUUUGUUGGUAACGGUAUUUCACAGUUCAUUAAUUUUUGAACUUCGUUUUUUUGCACACUGAUGUUUCAGUCAGCGUGGGCUGAAUUAGAGACUAUUUUUGAAAAUUAAAAAAAAAAGAGUCCUUGUAUGAAACUUCAUAUGCUGACACUUGUUGUGCUGGUGUGUGUAUCUCCACCACGUGACACCUGGGUAAUACCUCUUUUAUAAACUAUAUUUUAUCAUUUUCGUGGAAGAUAGCGUUUAAAAAAAUUCUGCUUUAACUCAUUAGUAUUUCAUUAAAAUUUAUUUUCUUAAAAAAAAGAUUCGUAAAUACUUGACUCCUCAGAAUGCAACAGACCAUUAGGAAAGCUUUAGUGAGGCAAAGGAUGAAACAUAGGAAUUAGGAGAAGCAAAACCCCAAAGACUGAACUUGAGGAUUAGAUUUGGAAUUAUCCAAAUGUGAUGGAAAAUAGUUUUGAACUGUAUGAAAUGGUAUUGAACAAUGAAAGUUAAGUAAAAGCUAGCAAUCCGUUUCAGUAGUUAUGUAGACUGUCUUAAUUUCUGUUACAUUGUUAUUUUAACAAGUGUGGUGUUAAUUUAUUUUGGUUGUGCCCUGAUGCAUAGACAACUCUGCUGUUAUGCAGGUUUGGAGGUAAGCUUCCUUCUAAACUCAGCAUCUCUUAGUUUAAAAUAUCCAGACCAAAACGGAAUUGCUGAUGAGAGCUCCGCAGCGAGUACAGAACAGUUUUUUCCUAAGCUGGAGCCUGUAAUGUAUGGCUGAUUGUUUCCAAAGAAAAGUCUUGACUUGUCCCGGCAGCUCCUGUCAUGUGACAGUUUAUCUAAGGCCCAGGAGUAGGAUCCAGUUAGGAUAAUUUAAGUUCAGGUAAGUAAGAUAGACGUUUGUAGUUAGUUGUAGCUUUUAUGGAGAAGGGGAACCAUUGACAAAUGCUCACUUUUGCAGGGCAGAUCAGUAGAUUUUAUAAUGUUUAUUGAAACAUGCGCUUUUUUCCCUGCUUGUUUUAACUUCAUCAUUGGAAGUUACUUUUCCUCAUGUUGAAAACUAGACUGGGUAGUUAGCUGAAGAUUUUUUUUUCUGUUACAGUGUUUUAGGUUUUUCUUUUUUUAAAUCAUGUUUAGAAACUUUUCAGAAAGUCAGAUAACCUGAUGCAAUAUAACUAAUAUUUUUAGAGGCUCUAUACUUAAACUGAUUUCCUCGUACCGGUACAAAUAUCUCACUCAUCCACUCUAAAUGGUUAUCUCUGAUCCUUCUGUGCUUGCAACAGGCUUUCCAACUUGCGAGGAUAUGCAGUGUGCAUACUUGUUAAUAUUGUCAGUGAGUGGUUUGGUUCAGUGAGAUAAUGAGGAAUGCAGAGUAGUUCCUAAUCUGAAAAGUGUAACUCGGUUUCUUGUUUCCAUAGAAGACUGAAUAUGGCGAUCGGGGUAUGAAACUAAUUCCCAACAUAAAUUUGAAGUAGAGCAGUAAACUACAAAACAGUGCCUAAAUGUUGUGUGCUAAAUUAGCCCUGUGUAAUUCAUGUUGCUUUAAGAGAAUUUGCAGAGAAUUGCAUCGGCUUGUAUGUGCUUAGGAAAAAAAACCUGUUAAACAUGCAAAGCAGUAAUGGUAAAUAAGUCACUGAAGGGGUGUUAUCUUUCAAGAAGGCAAGCUUAAAAAACAAUAUUUUGGACUAUUAUAAAUCUAUUUCAGGCAGAAAAUGCAUAAGCAAUAAUUUAAUCUGGAACUGGAUAUUGAGGAAGCUGCUAUUUAUAGAGAGACUUGAUGGUAACUUUGCCUAUUGGGCAACUCCUCUCAUACAGAGUUUAGAAGAUAGGGUUGCUGUGAUUUCCACUAUUGUAACAUUCCUCUUCAAAUAUUUGAAGUCCGGGUGAGAGACUGAAAGCUUGGAGGCCAGUACUGUGUUCACAGGGCGCACGGCUUUGGGAGGAGAAGAUAGGAAGAAAAGAACUUUUUUUUUUAAGGCUGCACAAUUGUAUAUAUGCAUAUUUAAGAGUAUUUAACCAUGUCUGCUAAAUUACUGAAGUUAAUCUAUUGUUGAAUUAUAGAAUAUUAUUUAAUACAUCAGCAUUGUUUUUUCCUGACCUGACCCAGAAUUGGAAUGGACUCCAAUAUAAAUUUUUUUAAAGCAUUUCCUAAGUUGUAUGUAUUAUAAACUAAUAAAAUAAUUGUUAACCUAUC